CUGCCAUCAACUUGUCUCAAAUACGGAAAAACAGCGCUGUGACUGUGUACAUACGCAACAAAACGCCCAAAUAAAUGCCAAUAAAUGUGAUGUGAACAAAAUAAAUCAGUGCAUUGAAAUUAUUGAAUAAGGAAAUAGUGGUUAAUCAGCAUACAUAUGUACAUAGAUAAGAGUGUUUAAAUCGAGAAUUUUCGAAGAAAAAAAUGCAACGAGAUGUAAUGCACCAUAAGCAAAAAACCAUUCAGCGCUAACAAGCUUGGGAAGCUUGUCGAGGUUCCAGUAAAGCGACAAAAAAUCAAAGAUAGCGUUGCAAUUUUGGAUGGAUCAUGGACAAUGUUCAUCCAAAAAUGCGAUUCAGUCUCUCACCACCACCACCCAAGUCCGCUUCCGUCAUAACAUCGCCCACCAACAUGCAAGCCAAUUACGCACAAAGCAAUAACAAUGAUCCACGUGCUUCCGGCAUUGGCGCCCGAAGUGACGAUGACAUCUCGCCCGCCACAGCUGCGCCGCCGCCACCAAAGGACGAUGCUGAUGCUGCAUCCGAUUACAAUCAAUGGUUGCAUGCAAUGAAGUUGGUGGCGCGUUUGCCUGGCGGCAUGCCACCGGAAUUUAGACGCAAGUUGUGGCUCUCGCUGGCGGAUAAAUAUUUGAAAUCAAAAAACAUAGACUGGGCAAAGGAGGAGGAGAAGUGUUUCUGCGAGAAGUGGCGCGAAGAUGACGAAGAGCUGGGCAUACAAAUUGUCAAGGACUUGCACCGCACCGGCUCGAACUUGUGCACCGGCCCGGCUGGCUCGAUCAAUCAGGCCAAACUGAAGCGCAUACUUUUAGGUUAUGCGCGCUACAAUCCGGAAGUUGGUUAUUGUCAGGGUUUCAAUAUGCUUGGCGCGUUAAUAUUGCAAGUUAUGGAAAAGGAGGAGGCGGAGUCUAUGAAAGUGAUGAUUUACUUGGUUGAGGGCGUGCUACCGCCAGGCUAUUUCCAUGGCUCCAUGGGUGGCUUACAGGCCGACAUGGCAGUGUUUCGUGAGUUGAUGCAAACCAAGCUGCCACGACUGGCGAAACAUUUGCAAAAGCUGCAGGGCCCUAUUGAAAAUGCCUACGAGCCGCCGCUAACGAAUGUCUUCACCAUGCAAUGGUUUCUCACGUUGUUUUGCACCUGCCUGCCCAUGACUUGUGUGCUACGUGUCUGGGAUCUUGUGCUCAUCGAAGGCAGUGAUGUAUUGUUGCGUACAGCGCUGGUGCUAUGGAGCUUGCUAGAAGAUCGCGUGCUUAGUACACGCACAGCUGAUGACUUCUACGGCAAAAUGGGUUCGUUUUCUAGUGAAUUGCUUAAUGGGCAUCUCAUUGAUUCGAAUGGGUUAAUUGAGAAAGUUGUACAGCUCGGGCCGAUACCAGACAUACAACGGUUGCGCGACAAGCAUCUCUACAACAUCACACCGUUGCGUCACAAACAAGGCUUACAAUUCUAUUAUGAUGACGAAGAGCCCGGCUCUGAUGAGGAGUCGCGCCUCGCUGUCGCCACCGUCUGGGGCAUGCCGUGGGGUCGUCGUGGUUCGCAAGGCAACAGCAGCGCGGCAAGCAAGCAAGUCUCCGAGAAUAAAGAACGCCUCGCAUUGGAUAUUUCAUUGCUGAAGAAGCAAUACGAUCGCCUGCGUGAAAGGCAGCGUCAAGCGCAUAUUAUACUAACCACCGCAUGCACCACAGCCCGCCAGAGCGCCAUCACCACCUCUGCUACGCAACCUAGUCAAUCGCUGACUGUCAAUCAACUGCUCUUGGGUCGCCCCGCUAUCGUUACCAACAAAGGCAGACGUAUUGGUCCACCACUAGGCGCUAUACCACCCGCACGCAAACCAUCUCUUCCCACUGUAUUGCACUCAAGGCCACCAGAGCGCCAACUACGCCGUGGUGAAACCUUACACUGGCGUGAUACUGAUAUAAGUAAACGUCGUAGAGAUAGCCUUACAUGGAAGGAGAUUAAGGCCGAUCGUGCCAGUUUGUUGCGCGCGGAUGUGGAAGCUGUGCCGAAGACACAAAAACUUCGCACACGCGUUGGCAAAAGCGAUUCGUCGUCGUACAGCGAAGAAAGUGAAGAUGAGCCAGACGAUGGUUCGAGUACUGAUACGAGUCUCUGCGAUGACGAUGAUCCAAAUUCUGGUGGUGAUAAAACGCAUUCUUCAUCUAUUGAGAACAGUCCCAAACGUAGAUCUAAGUCUGCACGCAAGGCUAGAGAGCUCGCAGCGAAAUUGGAAACAUUGAACGAGCCCAUUGAGAGCGAAAAGGAGCGCAGGCGCCCCAAAUCGUGGGCGCCCUCAUCUACAGAAAUUCCUUUUAUGCUUAUGACUUCAGAUUCGCCAACUCACAGCGCUGAUGAUGAAAAAUCGGCACGUUCACAUCAUUUUGAGGAAUUGAUGAAAGAGGAGGAGGAUAGCACAACCGAAUGUGAUCGACUCGGCUAUAAGGGUGCCUCGACGUUAAACUGGCCUGACUCAAAGUUCUCCACCAUUGCAGGAGAUCUGGCUACGACGAACCUAGAUGCACUGCAUAUUCAAACGGAUGUAUUGGAGUUACCUGUGAUAACAAGCACAAGUCAACUUUCUCCUAUGCCAGACAUAGCUGCCUAUCUCAAUAGCUCAAGUAUCAGUCCAUUACCUAUGCCGAAACCACUCUUCCUCGACUCAACCAAUUCGCUUGGCAGUGGAGAUGACGGAGAGGAGGGUAAAAAGUUUGCUGUCAAUGAUGACGGUGUGACAAAUGAAUAUUUCGAGCGCGUUAAUAGCGUAGAAAGACCCACAAAGUUAGACUUGUUUUAUUCGCUCAACGAAGAAGAUGGAAUACGAAGGGCUGAGGAAGCAGACGUUGAACUAGAGAAGCGCGAAGAAAGUUGUCGCACUGAUCAUAGCACAAACAACGCCUUUGAAAAGUUGUGUGAAGACAACGGCCAUGAAGAGAAUACCAAUAAAUUUGAAGUAUCGGACAAAAGUUCUGACAGACGCAUGGAACUGCUAAUUGACUAUUCUGAAAAGUCAUCUGCAGCCUUCAUUGCAGCGGCAACCAAUGAGGUGUCCACGAAUCUGAGACAAGACAAGACUAAAGAUGCAACUGAUGCUACAGAUUUCACCAGUGGAGUGCUUGCUAAGCAAAAGGAUGCCGAGGUGGAGAUAUCUAUGCCCGCAACAAGAGACAGUAACAUUCCUGGUAAAGCUGUUGAACGGUUUGAGGAGAACCUUUUGAAAACAGCGAUUCCUAAACCAAAUACAAAUAAUAUUAAAGCAGCGACGACAAAAAAAUCGGGCACUAUGAGUAAUGCCUGCAGAAAACGGCGAGAUCCUAGACGCUUGACUCUCACACGUUCUUCCACUAUAGAAAUUGAAGAACGCUUCCAGGCACUGGAACGCAGAAUGAGUGAGGAAACAUUUGUUAGCGAUAAAGAGAAGAUAAAUAAUGAUGACACAUCCGAUGAAGCGCUUAAAAGAAUAGUACCGUCAACAGCUGAUCUAGAACAGAGGUUAACUUCACUUGAAAAGCAAAUGAGUAAGGAAGGGGAUGAGAGAAAAAGGUUUGCUGAAAGUAGCGAAUGUAGAGAUAUUUCUAAUCACGAAACUACAUUACUAAUUAACAGACAAUUUACAGAAUCAAGACACGAAAAAACGUUAAACAAAAACUCCUUUGAGGGAUCUGCCAAAGAAAACGUACCCGCUAAAACACAUACUUCAGACAUAAGAAACAAUAUACCAGACGUUGUACCCUCUGGGGAGCAUCGUGAGCCCACAAUAUCAAAACAAGCACGCAAUCGUAUUCCUUCAACUUCAGAGCUAGAAGAUCGCUUCAGUGCUUUGGAGAGACAAUUAAGUUCAAAUGGUUUACCAACUAAGAGCUCAAUGGACAUGCGACGAGACGAAAACGGCGCCGGCAAAAAAGAUCUGGAAACUCCACCUAAUACGCCUACCGAAAGCAACAAGCCGCACUUAGAGAAAGGUGAAAGUAAGACUACGCUCAAGAGUGAUAUUGAAACAGAAGAAGCAUCAGAGGGAGAUGCUGGAGAAAACGACAAACCCCGCAUUAAGAAGCUGCCAUCAACUGCCGAACUAGAAGAUCGAUUUAAUGCGCUAGAAAGAAGAAUGAGCGCACAGAAAGCCAGCCCCAGCAAAACAAAAAAGGAGCCGCCCGACGAAGUAGAGGCUAAAGAAAUUAAUACCAAAAAGGAGCCGUCUGAUGAAAAUGCGAGCGAAAAUGAGGUUAAUAUUCAAGCCAAGAAAGAAACGGUCGGUAAAAACGAUAGCGAGCCAAAUAAAGUAGAAGAAGUAGCCAUAGAGAACGUUUCGCCAAAGGGCACGGCCAGUAAAGCAGAUAGCAAAGUAAAUAAAGUGGAAGAAAUCGUCAAAGAAAAAGUUUCACCAAAAGGCAAAAAGGAGUCUCAAGUCGAAAAAGAUAGUGCAGUAGAAGCUAAAACUAGUACUACAAAAACACCAAGCAAAGGGGACGACAGAGCAAAAGAAGAUACGACCAAGAAGGAAGUGAAGAAAGACAAAGAGCAAACUGAGCACAAACGAGAAGAUGUGGAAAAGAAAAGCGUGAAAGCACAAAAACCUAACGUCGAAAAGCGCGAUGAAGAUAGUGCAACAAAAGCAUCGCAAAAUAAAGAAACGGAAAACAACAAAGAACUCAAGUCAAAGCACGCUGAAAAGGAGCACGAAGAAAGGGAGGCUACCCGCGAAAGAAAUGGAGACGAUUCGAAAAACUCCGGAAAGAAAUCACCACCAAGUACUGAAGAACUUGAGAAACGAUUCAAAGCUUUAGAAAAACAAAUGAGCAGCGCGAGCCUAGAGGGUAGAAAAGUGAAUAAAAGCUUACCAGAAUCUGAAAAGAUUCAAGCAAAGGCAGACAAGGAAAGAAGAACUUCAUCGUCAUCUGAAAAUCGCAGUCAAAUGGUAGAAACAAAACCAGAAACGAGCGCUAAAGCCAUGAAAAGCUUCGAGGACAAAUGCAGGCAAGUGAACAAAGAACUAUCUCAGAAAAUUGAGUCAGAACUUGAAAAAACAGCACCAACAACAACAGGCGAUGCAACCGCACCUGAUCCCAAUUUGGUUGAGAUUUUCAAUAAAAAAUGUAUUGAAAUCAAUACAGAGCUAGCAAAAUCAGCUAAAAAGGAAGUUGCGCAGCACAAAGCUGUAGAACGCGUAGACGACUCGAACAUUACAUGCAAAAGACGCGCAUCCGAACCACCUUCCACAGAAGACUUAGAAAAACGUUAUGAAUCCCUCAAACGUCGAAUGAGCACAAAAACUAUCAUUGAAAAAGGAUUUGGUGCCAAAGAUAAAAGCAGGACUGCUUUUGAGGAGGAAUCAACUGAAGAAACUCCAGUCACAAACGAUACGAAAAUGCAAGCUAAAAUCAAACCUUCAGGCCCACCAAGCACUGAGGACCUUGAGAGCCGAUAUGAAGCAUUGCAGAGGCGAUCCAGCGAGCAGAAAGCACAAGACGGCAAUAGCCAACAAGAAAGGAAAGCGCGAGCGGCGAAUGAUAGAGAAAUUGUAGAGGCAAAAACAACAAAGCGCGCCGAAAACACAGCUGCGCAGGAAAUAUCUAAGAAUAUCCAACAAAAACCGCAACCGAACGAAGCGCAUUCGGAAGCAAGCACCCCUCGAAUUCCUGUUGCCCCACCAAUGCCUUUGAGAGAUACUGUAGAGCCUUUUCUAAACGACGAACAGCAUCGCGCGCUUAUUGAAGAGUUUCAGAGCAAAAUCAAGGUGCAACCAAAUGGUGAAAACCUAAAACCAAGCGACAUCAACCCAAAUCGCCGCACAACACCCGAACGUCAGCGAACAACAACAUUCGAUGGAACCUCGGAAGCACAUGCAAACACCGCUUUCUUUAGAUCGGAAAAUUACGAACCCUGGUACAGUCAGCCACACAAAAUGGUUCGUCGUUUCUCCGAUUUACCAUCAAGAGCUGAUCUUGAAAAUCGCUUACACUUUUUGGAAAGACAAUUGAUCAUAAAAUUCUACAAGCAGCGCUGUGCAAGUGAUUCCGAAGUGGCAUCGAGAAAACAUUUUUUGGAUGUAAAAAGUCAAUCCGCCGACAACGAAGCGCCCAGUACGUCGGCACGCAGCCAACAGCAAGCAGCAGAAGAUUUGGAAAAACGUGUACUUGCGUUGGAAAAGCAGCUCAGCGAAAAUAGUCUUAAAUUGCUGGAGGCUGUGCGUGUGAGGGAUCAGGAAGCUGCUGCUGAGUCCAGCUCACCGCGACGGCUUAGCUCGGAGACCGUUGAUGCGACAGGAAAAGAGCUCGUGCGUUACGUUGGCGAACUUGAAGAACCAGGCUCACUUAAGCCAAUAAAUAUCAGUAUUAAUAUCAAAAUGCUGCUCAAAAGAAACGAGGAUGAAGAAAAUAAGCCCAAAGAUAAACUGCCGACCGCCGCGGAAUUGGAAAAACGACUCGAGGUGCUGGAGCAGCAACUAAAAAUGUCUAGAUCACGCCGAGAGGGCAGUAUUGUUGAGCAGCAAAAUUGCCAAGAUGAAGUGCAGGAAUUGAAGAAGUCUGAAGAAAAAACGGAGGAAUCCGUAGCCAAGGAAAUUGAAAGCAACGAGGCGAUAAGAGAACUGCCAGAUGCAAAGAGGGAAGACAAUGAAGGGAUUAGAGAAACGCCAGAAAUAGACAAGGUUGUGAAGGAGGCGAUAAACGAGGAAUGUAAAAGUGAUAACAAAGUUAUAGAUACUGUGAGUAUGGAACCAGAAGAGAAAGAGAAAAGUAUAACAAACGCUGAGGCUUUAAAAGCUGAAAAAACUCUUGAGAAUCAGCAAAUUGCGCGCUCAAAUAAAGAAAUCGCUGUAAAUAAGGAAGUUUGUGAAGUGAAAGCUAAAAGCGAUAGUCCCCCAAAAAUGGAUGAAGUCGUCAACGAGAAGACAGAAAGUAACGAGAAGACUAUAUGCUCAAAUGAAGACGACGUUACAACUAAGAAAUCACCAAUGCAAUCGGAACAAUUAGAAGACACAAAACAAAAUAAGAAUAUAGACGAGGAUUCAGCGAAGGAAAAUGAACCUAGCAAGGAAAAGCAGGAUGGAAGCAAAGAGUUGACGACAGCUGCUGAAAACCAACAAGCAGCUGAAACGUCGGUUGCUCCUACGCAAACUGCCAUUCAAGUUGGAUCGUCUGAUCCCAACAAUAAAACGCUCGUGCUGCUGCUCGACAACGAACCGAAAGCUGUAAAAGUACGACGACUGACACGCGCAAACACCGAAGAAUUGGAGAACCUAUUUCAAGCGCUCGAAAAGCAAUUAAGUGAUCGCAAUCUGAUAAAAUCGGAAGACGGCAAGCUAGUGCGUGCCGCAGAUAAGCCAGAUGAACCAUCAGAAGAGUCGAAAGCAUUAGCACAACUGUCGAAAGAGAUUGAAGAUUUCACAAAAGUAGAUCAAUCGGCGAAAGAGAAAGAAACAAAAAAGGAAAGCGCUGUCGAAAAGUCAAAAACGCCAGUUGAAGACUACGAUUGGGGUCCAGAUCCUGUAAAGCGGCACUUAAAACGCAAAACUGUACAUCUGCCAUCAACCAAAGAACUAGAAGCACGCUUCAGAUCACUAGAACGUCAAAUAAAACUGCUAGAAGAUGUUGAGAAAAUCGACGUCGAACAACGCUUGAAUGAAAUUGAGCGCAAAAUCAAAAUGCAAUAUUCGCUGUCGCACGAGAAAGACCUCACAAAAUUUCUAGAACUUUGUGAAGGUAAGAGCUUAGAUGAGCUACCCGAAGCUAUAACGGCCGCACGUGAUAGAUAUCAACCGGAAGAGGGUAGCGCUGCCAGAACACCUACGCCAAAGCACAGCAGAUCCCCGUACACCUCACCAUCGCGUGCAAAAGAGAAGACACCGCACACGUCCCCGGUGCGCACACCACGCGAGUCUCGCAGUCCCAAAAGGCAUACCUCACCUGGACGUGUUCGAUAUGAUGAUGGCCAAGUAACAUCUAAGAGCCCAAAAAGACAUGGCACGCCUGGACACGUUCGAUAUGAGGAUCCAAAUAUACCAACGACUGAAGAUCUGGAGUACCGUUUUCGCGCAUUGGAACUUCCAAGAUCUAAGUCGAAGGAAUCGUUGACUGGCAAAUCAAAAAAGAAUAACGUCGAUUCGAAAAAGUCACUAAUACAUCCACUAGAAAUGCUACUCGACCCCAGCUCCGAUGAGGAUGCUAUACCCACAACUGGCGAACUGGAGCAUAGAAUAAGAGUGUUGGAUGAUAAAAGGAAGACACCUUCGCCUUCGCGACAAUCACGCUCCCGUUCGCCGACAAUUGAAGACAUAAAGAAUAGGAAAUUAGCAGAAGAACAGCGGCCAAAAGCGCCCAUACACAGUUUAGAAACGCUUGUCGCGUCGCCAACCAAAAAAGAGUUACCCACAGCUGAGGAGUUGGAGGCACGUAUGCGCGCUUUGGAAGAGGAACAUUGCUUCGACUUCAAAAUGCAGAAAACUUAUCAGGAGUUCAAUCAGAAGCUAAAGGAUGCCGUAUCUCCAUCGCUUUCUUUCGAAGAGUUUAAAACUUCCAAAUCGCGUGAGGAAAGCCCCAGACGCAGCGAGACAAACCGUUCGAUCACACCAAAAUCUGCCUUGCGCGACUCUGCCAGCAACUAUGACGACGGGCAAUACAGAUCAACCAGUCCUAAGGCCAUACGCUUCCGUGAUGAAGAAGACGAUUAUGUUACGAGCAUGCCGUUAAGACCAAAAUCACGCACGGAUACACGGGAUAACAUUGGACGCACGGUGGGCACUGUUGGUGCUUUAGGAAUAAUUGAAGAAAAUUCUAAAUACCUUCAACGUAUUCUUAAGCAGACUCUUACAGAUUCGUGUAGCAGUAUAAAUGCGGCGCUUACGUCCGAGGGACUUGACGAGUUGGGCAGUCGACUAAUGAGGGAGACUUCACCACUACAGCGUACUGGCAGCCAUACUGGCGUACCCCUGCGUACCAAUGACAACAUUAACGAACGCUUGGAUUCCAUUAAAAAUACGAUCAAGUCCAUCGACACACUCUGCGAGGAGAAACCGUAUCGAAAAGAGCGCUGCCAGCGCUACAUUGAUUCACUAUUUUCCGACUCAAUACAUUUUGCCAGCAAGAAGACCUCGCUGGAGGAUCUCUCGCGCUCAGAUAGUCGUGCACAUCGUGAACUUGGCCCCUCCAUACGCAUCUCAGAUCAUAGCCAACGACACGCAGACUAUUUAUACGGUCGUUCUUUGGGUUCGGCAGAAUCUAUACGUUCGACAAGUCCAUUGCGCGCUGCCAGUCCAUUGCAUCAUCGUUCAAAUCGGGACUUACGUCGUGAAAUCUCACCACGCCGGCGGCACGAAGAAGAGCGUGAAGAGUACCAGAGUAGGGUAAGACGAGAAAAUAUGUUGCCAAAUUAUUCUUUAUAUGAUAGCCUUAGAGAUGUAAGUAGUGGUAGUUUAAUUAAGUUUCAUAAAGUAGAUAGACAACUAGACACUUACAAAUGUGAUGAAAGAGACAGAUCUAGUUCACGAUCGGCCUCCAGAUCGCCGUUGAGAUCGCCGUAUGGAUCGAGGGAGAUGAUGAUGAUGAAGACGGAAAGCACCAAUGCCAACACACGACACAACAACACCAACAUCAACUGCGACGACAACGACCGGUACAAUCUAAAAACAAUGAAAAAUAAAUGUUACGAAUUGGAUUUGAAUAGACCAUACGUGCCCGCAUACCGUCAUAACACAACAGACACUCUACUCGACUACGAUUCGCUGAAACGCUCUAAUACGCCCGUCUAUGUGCCCGGGCGCCUAGAUAUACGUCAUACGACAGUUACGUCAACGUUUUAUGAUCGCUUAUUGGCGGAAAAGGAGAUUGAACGAAAAUUUUCGCGACCUUCUAGUCGUUCGCCUAUCGUUUCGCCAUCGGUUACGUCGAAAAGUUAUGUUGAUUUGAUGAGUGCAAGCACCAAAACUUACUACCAUGACAAAUCACCAACAACGACUUUGGCAGCAUUACGAUUGGAAAGUGGUGCUGGCGCUACAAGCUCUCCCAACAUUCAAAGAAGCGCCAUGACCACCAAUAACACCCACACCAACCAAUCCUUGAAUCCCUUGAAAUUCGAUACUAACACAAACACCACCACAACCACCUUUAGUACCGCUACACUAGAUUCGGCCAAAACACCUACAGGUAAUUCAAGCAUAUACUCGUACCAAUUAGACAUGCCGACGCGGUUUCCAUUGGUAGCCGAGGCUUCUAAAAUGGACUUACGCAUACGCAGUUGUGAUAAUAUACUCAUGCAAAUCAAAUCUAAUUCUAUAACUGCAGCUGGGCUAGGGCAUUUGACCCAUAAUACAACAACACCUAUAGCCGCAACAGCAACAACAACAACAAGUACGACCGGUACAUCGACGUCGACAGAGACGCUAACAAGCAAUCGGUUUUCGUUUCCGACUACGACUUCGACUAAUUAUGGAAUUGGCUUGAGUGAAAAUAUAACAAACAACACUACCAAAAUCACCUCUAUAACAACAAGUAUUACAACAACUAACAACUACUUCUCCACUACCAACAUCACCAAUACUGCUACAACUACAUUAACAACAAACUUGAACAUCAACAACAGUUUCACAGGUUUUGACAGAUUAGCAACAGUACCAGUAACAACAAUACCAUCCCAAAUAGCAACAACAACAGCAAUUAGUGCUUUUAGUACCAACCCCAUGACAAUGACAACAACUACUACUUAUAAUUUUAAUAGCCUGACAACAAUUACAAAACCAACAACGCAUGGCAAUGAAAAUACCAAUAAUUUCUACCCAAAUAAUACGUCUGCAACACUGUUGUCGUACAACACAACGAGUGGUGGUGGCGUUGGGGGCAGCGGCCUCUUUAAUACACCCCUGAAUAUGGCUCUAACAAUGCGACAAUCUUCUGAUGGGACGGCGCUCUCCACAUUUGGCCUGUACACUAGUAAUUUAAACAACAACAACUUUAGUAGCAACAACAGCCACUUGAGUUACAACAACAGCAAUACAACAGAGGGUUUAGCUCCAAAUAAGAAGUGAAAAGUGUAAAACAUUCAUACACAUACCAAGUAGUAGUAGAAGAUGCAACCGUGCUGCCUAAAUACGAAAAAAAA